CCCAACCAGGCAACCACGGAAACUGGCAGGCAACAACACAUCUUUUUCCCUGUUGAAGGCGAACGCAAAACCGCAAAGACAACACAGCACCAGCCACCAGCAACAGCAGCGAGGUUUCCCCCAAUUCCCCAUCUCUCCCGUAGGCCGUAGCAGAGCACGCGCGAUUCUGAAUCCCCCGUCGCCAUGGCCUCCGCACCGACGCCGCCGCCCCUCCUCCCGGUGACCAACCCGGCCCCCGGAUCGUCCCCGGCCACCACCGGAGGCUCCGAUGCGCCGAUCGCCACGCCGGCUUUCCGGCUCUUCCUGAGCCGGCUCUCCGACUCGGCGCGGCGCUCGCUGUCCGAUCGCCGGCCGUGGGGGGAGCUCCUCGACCGCUCGGCGUUCUCGAAGCCGGACUCCGUCUCCGACGCCACCUCCCGCCUGCGCCGCAACCUCGCCUACUUCCGCGUCAACUACGCCGCCGUGGUAGCCUUCGCGCUGGGGGCCUCCCUCCUGGCGCACCCCUUCUCGCUCCUCAUCCUCCUGGGCCUCCUCGCCGCCUGGUGCUUCCUCUACCUCUUCCGCGCCUCCGACCAGCCCGUCGUCCUCUUCGGCCGGACCUUCUCCGACCGCGAGACGCUGCUGGGGCUCGUCGGCGCCUCCUUCGUCCUGCUCUUCUUCACCUCCGUCGCGUCGCUCAUCAUCUCCGGCCUGCUCGUCGGCGGGGCCCUCGUCGCGGCGCACGGCGCGUUCCGGGUGCCCGAGGACCUCUUCCUCGACGAGCCCAACGCGGCCACCGGCAACAGCGCGGCCCAAGGGCUGCUGUCAUUCCUUGGCGCACCCGGAUCUGGGGUUUGAGGCGGCGGACGGCAAGAUCCGAUCUACUGGCUUAGUGAUGGUUUCGAUUGAUGCACCGGCUUCUGCGCAGAUCAGCAAAUUUAUCGAGAAUUUCACCCUGUGGUUGAGUUUAGUGCCAAGUAUUUGAGUAAUAUGAGUUUGUGGUGUCAGACUUUUAAUAUGGAUUGUAUUGUAUCUUCAUUUCUCACACAGUGAUGAUACGUUAAUAUGCUUCACUCGUUCAGUUGUUCCAUUA